AUGACUGAAACAGGAAAACAGAGGGAAAAUUAUUUUACCGAUCGAAGAUUAAAGAUUGUUACAGGUGCAAUGGCCUGCCAGUUAGAUAACUGGAAAAACAUUUUAUUAAAUCUAACACCUAAUCCCACAUGUUAG